CUCAACCAGGACGGGUAGCCAGGCCGCGGCGAGUGGCCUUGCUUAGCCCGGGGGCUGGGCAAGUGGACGAGCGGAGCGGCCGGAGGCGAGUAGGAGGCCGCGGAAAGCUAGGUGACGAGGGGUUGACCCCGGCUGCGGGUGCCAGGGAGUGCGACCGUCCCUCUGCCUUAGCGGGCUUGUCCGCUGCUUUCCAGUUUCCUUGACAACGACGCCUGGCGCGGGGCGGAGCGAGGCGGGGCUAACCGGAGAAACAGAGCUCCUCUGAGCUAGCACGUCCCCUUUCCUAGACGGGCCAAGCCUUUCCUCCACCCUACCGCCUUGCGCACCUAAGGAUGCUGAGUCUUGAGUGUCCCCUUCACCUCCGUCAUUCUGUGCCCUACCGCCAAAGCUCCUGUUAUUAACCAUCCUCUGCUGAUCAAGGCUUUGGAAGAGCUACCAGUGCUCAUUUGUCCUCGGACACCUGGACAUUGCCACCUCACCCUGUGUGCUCCACAGGGCUCCUCAGAUGAUGGCAUUCAAAGAGAGCAUCCUUUGAGUCCUGGCCCCAUGACUUCCAAAGAAAAAGCUAUGGUGUCCUUACCAGUUUCUCCCUGGGAUGCCAUCCUUAAGGCUGCCAAAGACCAGCUGCCAUCCCUGGAUUCAGACUCCUCCUCGUCUGACGGUGAAGAAGAAGAGCCCUUCAUCUUUCAGCGAAACCAGCCCCUCCUGAUUCCAGACCUGGCUGAGGAGCUGGCUGAAGACCCUAUUGGUGUUGAUGAGUCUGGAAUCUGGUUUGCUGUAGGGAGUUCUUCACCUGAGCCACUUCUGGUUCCUGAGAGACUAGCCAUAGAACCCAGAAGUGAACAGAAGGUAAGACAGAAGGACUUGGCUGCUCUGGAAAGAAGAGUCUCUGGCUGGUCUUGCCAGAGCUGUGUCAAGAGCAGCCCUAUUGUUGUGGAUGCUGAGGAGGUACUCCCGUGGCUGGAAGGCAACCUUAGAAGUCUGCCUAACCCGAAAGGGUCCCAGAGUCCUCCAUGGCCAUCCCAGGGAAAAGAAGCCACCUUUCCUUUGGAAGGAGAGCUGAAGACAGAGCGCUCAAAUACGGAUUUUAGAAACUCUGCAAAGCGCAGAGCCCUCCGCAAGGAGAGGAGGAAGAUGAUAGAGAGAGAUAUCCUUCAGAAAGUGACCCAGGCUGCCCUGAGCCCAGCCUCUGGUGACCAACGCCAGGCUGCAAAGUCAGGACCGUGGCCGGAAGCGACCUCAGAGCAGUCUCAGGAAGGAAGGCCAGUACUCUCACUCCAGUAUCUUGAAGGCUGGGAUUUGGAUUACAUCCUUCAGAGCCUGCCAGGGCGGCAAGACAGCCAGGGAGACAGUGAACCUAGAACUGCAUGGUGGCUAGCCGACCGCUGGCAAGAUCAAGGGCACACCACUGCACUUUCCCAGGACACACUCUUGGAGCAGCUGGCCCUCCUGUGUGCCAGUCAGUCCAGAGGCCGAAACCCUACCUGGAAGUUGUCUGCUGAGAAGCUCCAAGACACAGAAGAGCAGAAAGCCAGAAGCAGAAGUGCUUCAGCAGAGCCUGGCUUUCAAACCAAGUCCAUCCAGAAGCUGGCAGAGAGUAGGAGGCUGAAGGCAGAGCCUCCCACCAUCUUCAUUGACCUGCGGCAGACAGAGCCAUCAGAGAUACAACAACAGUCCCAGGAGAGCUCUGAAUACAGCUCCUCUGACAGUGAGGAGGAGGAAGUGGAGACAGCAGGCUCAGUUCAGGUGGCAUCUUCCAGGGAACAAAGGGACUGUACCGGGAAGAGCCAGCUUCUCCAGCAGCUGAGGGCGUUUCGGAAGGGGGCUAUUCCACCCCAGCUGUCUGCCAGUGCCAGUCCUGGAGGCCAGAAGGUUCAGGCUGCAGAAGAUACAGCUGGAUCACACACUGGGAUGAAGAAACACGUAAAACUCUGGGCUGAGAAGCAGAAUGCCCUGGAUAUAGGGGACCCUAUUGGGAAACAGCCAGCCAGAGAGGUGCUGCUACCUGCUGUGGGCCAGCUGUAGGCCACUCAGGUAAAGGACCUGAAAAGCAGGCGGCAGAGUUCCUCCACAUGAAGCCCUCAUGUCCCUCCACAGUUCACUUGUUUCUAAUAGCAUGGGCCUCCAGGGUGCCACCCUCAUUCUGGGCCCCACCCAGCCAGUUUAAACAUAUUUAAACUUCUUUUUUGUUGUGAUGCUGGGAACUGCAUCCAGGGCCUCGUGCAUACUAGGAGUUACUCUAGCACUAAGUUUAUACCCCAGUUUCUGUCCUCAAACAUAUUUAUAUUUUCCUACAGAAACUUUCCCCAGGCCCCUGGACCCCUGGAAUUUCAUGUACCUAUGUUGAAAUAUAUGUCUACAUCCAU